CUGUAGCGGUAUAGCUGACUUAUUGACGCCUCGUCGGCGAGACUUUCCAAACGAUUCUUCUGUACCUUUUGGGGACCAGUUGGUUCGUCGCCGCACUGUAAACGCAUAGCGCCGUGGUACUAGUUCACUAAGCCGCAGCGUCUACCGCUGCUAGUCGCAGAAAAGACUUCCCGCGCCGACAGCGUUUUCGGCCCACCGCUUCCGCUAGCGCAGGCCAACAACGCAAUGCCCAGCGAUCGUGUUAAGAAGGCUGCUAAGGCCAAGGGGCCCGCUAAGGCCAAGGCGGCGCCUUCCAAGGCCAAGCCAGAGGAUGAGGCUGCCGCUCAGGAGGGCGAGGACGACGGCACUGAGAACGAUGGCACUCCUAUGAUGUCUGCCAAUGCAUCCGCGGCCAACCUGGAGGUGCUAGCGAACUUGAGCAAGAAGGUCGAGAAGGAACUGACAGUCAGCGACCAGGGCCGCUCGUGCACGGGUGUGCUCGCGUGCCACCCGCAAAGUCGCGAUGUGCACAUCUCCAGCUUUACGCUGCUUUACUACGGUCAUGACCUGCUGGUGGACGCGGACCUGGAGCUCAACUUCGGCAGGCGCUACGGGCUGCUGGGCCCCAACGGCUGCGGCAAGUCCACGCUGCUCAAGGCGCUGGCCGCUCGCGACGUGCCCAUCCCCGCCCACAUCGACAUCUACCUGCUGGACCGCGAGAUCGCCGCCAGCGACGACACCGCGCUGGAGGCCGUCAUGGCCGUGGACGAGGAGAAGACGCGGCUGGAGGUGGAGGCUGAGGCGCUGGCGGCCCUGGAGAUGACGGAGGAGGUGGAGCACCGCCUCAACGACGUGUACGAGAGGCUUGAGGCUCUUGACUCGGACCUGGUGGAGGUGCGCGCCGCCUCCAUCCUGCACGGCCUGGGCUUCACAAAGGAGAUGCAGCGCAAGAAGACGCGCGAGUUCUCCGGAGGCUGGCGCAUGCGCAUUGCGCUGGCUCGCGCGCUGUUCAUCGACCCCACCAUGCUGCUGCUGGACGAGCCCACCAACCACCUGGACCUGGAGGCGUGCGUGUGGCUGGAGGAGCACCUGAAGAAGUUCAAGCGCAUCCUGCUGAUGGUGAGCCACAGCCAGGACUUCCUCAACGGCGUGUGCACCAACAUCGUGCACAUGCAGAAGAAGAAGCUCGUCUACUACUCGGGCAACUACGACUCGUACGUGCAGACGCGCGCCGAGCAGGAGGAGAACCAGAUGAAGAAGUACAAGUGGGAGCAGGAGCAGAUCAGCCACAUGAAGGUGGGGGGAGAGUGGGACGGCGGUCUGGUGCUGGUGUCGCACGACUUCCGGCUCAUUGGCCAGGUGGCCAACGAGAUCUGGGAGGUGGGCCACGGCGCUGUCACCAAGUGGCAGGGCGACAUCCAGUCCUACAAGGCGCACCUCAAGGCCACGCACGAGGCGCUGGGCAACCGCAAGGACAUGCGGUGAUGAGGCGGUGAUGAGGUGGUGGGGCGGUGGUGGGGAAGAGGCGGUGGGGGGGAGAGGUGGGGGGGGGGGGCACCCGCACACAGGCACUGACACAGGCACGCGUGGGGGCAAGAUGGGGAGGUGAGGCAGGGGAAGAGGAGGGGGCGGAGCAGGAGGAGGAGGAGCAGAGGAGGAGGAGGUUUCGGCGGUCGGCUGCGCGGCGGUGGCAGUAGCGGUGGCAGUGGCGCGAGUGAUUUCGGGCGGCCAUGGAUUGGGGGCUGCGCAUAGCAUGGUUAAUCUACGGGAAUCAGGGCGUGCGGGGCGACAUUUGGCGCCCACACAGUCAGGAUUCCGCUAGAAAUGGAUGGUCUUCUGCGUGUUGUUGUACUUCCCUCGUUGCAAGGACCGUGCGAGCGCAGGUGGGCAGAGGGCGGUAUCUGUUGCUGACCGUUGCUGGCCGUGCUGGCAGGAGUUGUGUUGCACGGUCCGCAUGCAUGAUGCGGCCGGUGCUGGGGUGCUGGAUCCAGCGACCUUUUGCGUGAUGUGGCUUUUGCGGUUGCGUGGACAGUGGAAAGGGGCAAAACGACAGGAUGCAGGGGAAAGACACGAACCGUGCCGUGCAGGCGAGCAUUGAAUUUUGGUGUGCGGCAGGCGGGGGGCGUGCCGAUGGCCUUCCUGGGACGGCGUGGGCUCCGAUGCGUGUCGUGUCGUGGCCUGUACUUGGGCGCGGGAUGCGGCAGUGGUUGCGUGUGCGUGCCGGCUGGAUUGUAGGGGCGGGGCUGUUCGGCAGUGCUGGGUGGCUCGCAGGGGGCCGGCGGCAUGUCAUGUGUUUGUUGCUGUCAUGAGCAACUUUGGACGCGCGCUACCUGCAUGUUACUUAUUUGUGUGUGUGUGUGCGUGUGUGUGUGUGUGUGUGUGGUGAUGAGGCAAGGGCAAGGGUAGUGCGUAGUGUCUGCAGAGCGUGGCGUCCUAUGCAUGUUGGGUAGGGUGGGUGGCUGGCGGUGGCGGCGCAGGGUGCGGCUGGGGCAGCACGCGUCGAGAGAUCCCCACGGGGGUGCGCGACCCGGAUCAAGUGCUGACAGUGGGGCGCGUGCCGGGGCGACGUGUGCGCGCCUGCCGGGCCCGGCUGCCGCACGCCACGCCUGCUGUGUAAGGCAUGAGAUGG